GGAUUUAGCUCAGCGGCAUAAGUGCCUCCCUUGCAAGCAGGCAGUCGUGAGUUCGAUCCCCGGUACUGAUAAAAAGGAAAAAGACAAAAAAAAAAAAAAAAAAAAAAAAAGAAUUGUGCUGAGUUGCUGGGUUCCUCUGUCGGCCAGGUAGUCAGAGCAGGGUCCCCUCAACUCCCCACCUGUCAAGCUGUCCUACAUUUUUAUUUCUUCUUUUCCAAGUUUGUACUCUUGAGCUACAAAUUCCUGGAGGACUCGACUGGCUGAGUUGCAUAAGAUUCACAUUUUCUCUACAGCAUUGGUGCUGAAAAGACCUCAUGAGGAAAAAUCUACCUCCUGCAAGUCAAGGCCUCAUCUCUUAGGAGUGUACACUUUUUUCUCCAGUGUCAUGCAUGAGCCACCCAGCUAGGCAUGAGCUAAAACCCAUCAGCCAGGUCCCAGACCACAUUCAGGAGAAUAGGUCACAGUGGCUGGACAGUGAGGUCACAGAGAGGUUUGUUUGGCUUAAACUCCAUAAGGGAGGGGCCCAAGAGGUUACCCAGGCCCAGACAGGGGACAUGGUGUGGGAAAGGCAGUGGGGACAGGGCCCAGAGAGAUGAGGGCAGGAGCAGGGUAGGGGGGACAGUCAGGAUGGUGAGGAGAAGCCGGAGACAGAAGCUGCAAAAAUUGACUGGGCUGUGCGGCCGGGAGGAGGGUCUCCGGGUGAAGCGGAGCUGUCCUUCUUGUGGCCCAGAGCAUGGGGGUAAAGAGAAGAAAGAAAGAGGGAACUGUAUUUCUGUUCAGUUGUUCCCCCCAGAGCUGGUGGAGCACAUCAUCUCAUUCCUCCCAGUAAGAGAUGCAGUGGCCCUAGGUCAGACCUGCCGAUACUUCCACGAAGUGUGUGACACCGAGGGUGUGUGGAGGCGCAUCUGCCGCAGGCUUAGUCCACACCUGCGGGAGCAGGGUUCUGGAGUCCGGCCCUGGAAGAGAGCGGCUGUUCUGAACUACACGAAGGGGCUGUAUUUCCAGGCAUUUGGAGGCCGUCGCCGAUGUCUCAGCAAGAGUGUGGCCCCCUUGCUAGCCCAUGGCUACCGCCGCUUCUUGCCCACCAAGGACCACAUCUUCAUUCUUGACUACCUGGGAACCCUCUUUUUCCUCAAAAAUGCUCUGAUCUCCUCCACCCUUGGCCAGAUCCAGUGGAAACGGGCAUGUCGCUAUGUCGUAUUGUGUCGUGGAGCCAAGGAUUUUGCCUCUGACCCAAGAUGUGACACGGUUUAUCGUAAAUACCUCUAUGUCUUGGCCACUCGGGAGCAGUCGGGAGUGGCAGGCACCACUGGCGGCCGGUCCUGUGACUGCGUGGAGGUCUACCUGCAGUCCAGCGGGCAGCGGGUCUUCAAGAUGACAUUCCACCACUCCAUGAGCUUCAAACAGAUUUCGUUGCUUGGGCAGGAGACACAGCGGGCUCUGCUGCUCCUCACAGAGGAAGGAAAGAUCUACUCUUUGGUAGUGAAUGAGACACAGCUGGACCAGCCACGCUCCUAUACAGUUCAGCUGGCCCUCAGGAAGGUGUCUUGCUGCCUGCCACACCUGCGUGUGACCUGCAUGGCUUCCAACCAGAGCAGUGCCCUCUACAUCACAGACCAGGGAGGAGUGUAUUUUGAGGUGCAUACCCCAGGGGUAUAUCGUGACCUCUUUGGGACCCUUCAAGCCUUUGACCCCCUGGACCAGCAGAUGCCGCUUGCUCUCUCCCUGCCUGCCAAGGUCCUAUUCUGUGCUCUUGGCUACAAUCACUUUGGCUUGGUGGAUGAAUUUGGCCGAAUCUUCAUGCAGGGGAAUAACAGAUAUGGGCAGCUAGGAACAGGGGACAAAAUGGACCGUGGGGAACCCACACAUGUACCUUAUCUACAACGCCCCAUUGCCCUGUGGUGCGGCCUCAACCAUUCCCUGGUGCUGAGCCAGGACUCAGACUUCAACAAGCAGCUGCUGGGCUGUGGCUGUGGGGCCGGUGGCCGUCUCCCUGGCUGGCCUAAGGGGAGCGCCUCCUUCGUCAAGCUGCAGGUCAAGGUCCCUCUGUGUGCCUGCUCCCUCUGCUCCACUAGAGAGUGCCUCUACAUGCUGUCCAGCCACGACAUUGAGCACUGCUCCCUCUACCGGGACCUGCCAGCCACCUGGGCAGUGGACAGCCUGGAGCCCAACCUGGGGGCUGGAGCUGCCCACGACCCUGGGAGGACAGACUGGGCCUGCGAGGAAUAUCUCAGCCAGAUCCACAGUUGCCCCACAUUGCAGGACCGCGUGGAAAAGAUGAAAGAGAUCGUGGGCAACAUGCCCUUGGUGGCCGCACAGAAGGAUUUCUUCUGGCAGGCCCUGAACAUGCUGCAGAGGGCUGCUGGGGGGAUUGGUCCAGGCCCCUCGACCCCUAACAGCUGACCCCUCUCCUGGCCACCUCCCUGAUGGGACAGUGGCCCUGAGUCGGGAUCAGUGAGGAGUGGUGGUAGUGGACACACAGGGACGGAUUACAGGGGGAUGGGGAUUACAGCCAGACCUGGUAGGGUAAGGCAAAGAAUGAAGUUUUUAUAAAAUAUUCAGGGGCUGCCAGGUGGAGCCUCCAACCAGAUAUCAUGGACAAGAGAUUUGAUGGGUAAACAGAAUAAAAGGUUGAAAUAAGGCCUAGUUUGGAACCCUGGAGCCUGGGGGUACACAGGGCAGGGGAUGGGGUGCCUGGUACCUGGCAUGGUGGGUGAGGCAGAGCAGGAACGAUCAAAGUUUCUGCUGCUGAGAGCUGUUGGCACCUGAGUCCUCCAGCCUCCCUUCCCCUUCCCACUCCCAGACCUCAGCUGGUCUUUCUGACCAGCUCAGUGAGACCUUGGCUCAAAAUAAAAAAUGUUAAAAGUACUGGGGAUAUAGCUCAGCAUGAAGGCCCUCGGUUCAAUCCCCAAUAGUGGAAAAAAAAUUAUCCCCCAGGUAUAAGAGGGGAGACAGUAGAAAUGUGCAGCUGGGGAGAGGGUGGCCAAGACAUACAUGGGAGAGGCUCUCAGGAAGGGCAUCUUCUGAGUGCUGAGGAAGCAGGGGCUGGAGAGAGCUGGGUCCCCAGAAAAGGGCAGAGCUCUGCGCACAGGGUGCUCAGGCAUGUGGGACAAAGUGGGGU